AAUGUCUGAUUGAAAUUGUUAGUUUGACCGUGACAACAUUUAAAGUGAGGUUAAGUUAAGCCUGAAAAUGGUUGAUGCAGGUACACGUAAAACAUUGAGUAGUAUUCCUCUUUUACAAACGAAAGCGGGACCCAGGGAUAAAGAGUUAUGGGUUGAACGCCUAAAAGAGGAAUAUCAAGCGUUAAUUAAGUAUGUUCAGAAUAAUAAGACUGCAGACAACGAUUGGUUUCGAUUGGAAUCCAAUAAAGAAGGUACGAAAUGGUUUGGUAAAUGCUGGUUCUUCCAUGAACAACUCAAAUAUGAAUUUGAUGUUGAAUUCGACAUUCCUGUAACAUAUCCAACCACUGCCCCUGAAAUCGCACUCCCAGAAUUAGAUGGAAAAACUGCUAAAAUGUACCGAGGCGGCAAAAUAUGUCUUAGUGACCACUUUAAGCCAUUGUGGGCGAGAAAUGUUCCAAAGUUUGGAAUUGGUCAUGCUAUGGCCUUGGGAUUGGGCCCAUGGUUGGCAGUAGAAAUACCAGACCUGAUAGCGAAAGGUGUCAUACAUUACAAAGAAAAACCAGCACAGAGUUCAUAAAAUCUUAAUUCUGUUAAGAUUAGUUUAAAUUGUAUUUUUAAAUAUACAGUGUAAUUUAAUAUAUUUUUAUUAACUUUUAAAAUUAUACGUUUGUUAACAACAUUGUUUACUGUUUCAAUAAACUCCCUUAUACUUCUAUAAA